GUUUUCUUAUCACUUCAGUUUCCGAAAAGGAAAGGAUUACUCCUGUAGUUUUACUUUUCAAAGAUUCCCAUAUUAUAUAAACACGAAGCUAAGCAUGUAACUCCACACCAUAAUAUCAUACAUUAUGCAAUUGCUUACCUUUCUGAAAUGGAGACUCAAAACUUGUCCUUCAUCUUUAUUCCACUCUCGCUAUUUAUUUCCUUCAUCUUCCUUCUAUUUCAGAUAUGGAAGGACUCAAAAACAACCCUUAAAAAAAGAUUGCCUCCAGGGCCAUGGGGGCUACCUUUUAUUGGGAAUUUGCACCAAUUAAUGAAUGGUUGCCGACCGCAUCAUACUCUAAGAAGUCUAUCACAGAAAUAUGGACCCAUCAUCCACUUACGUCUUGGAGAAAUAUCAACUGUUAUUGUAUCUUCACCUGAAAUGGCGAAAGAAAUUUUGAAAACUCAAGAUCUCCAGUUUGCAAGUAGGCCUGCACUUAUGCAUGGAGAUAUUGUUUUCUAUAAUCACACAGACAUAGGAACUUGUCCAUACGGCGAUUACUGGAGAAAUAUGCGCAAAGUGUGCACCUCGGAACUUCUUAGCUCGAAGAUGGUCAAAUCAUUUAGCUCAAUUCGACAAGCUGAGAUGUCAAGUGUUAUUUCAUCGAUUAAUACCAUGCCUGGUGACUUGAUCAACCUAUCAGGCAAAUUUAAGUGGUUUACAAGUUGUGUAACUUGUAGGUCUGUUUGCGGAAAAGUGGUCCAUGAUCAAGAUAAGUUGAUAAUGUUAGUGAAGGACGUAAUGUCAUUUUACAUAGGAUUUGAAUUGGCUGAUAUGUUCCCUUCGCGAAAGUGGCUUCAUAAUUUCAAUGGAUUGAAGUCCAAAUUGAUGAAGGCUCACGCAAAGGUGGAUGUACUUUUGGAGAAUAUCAUUAAUGAACAUAAGGAAAAUCAAGCAAAUGGUAAAAAGGGUAAUAGUGAGUCUGGAGGUGAAGAUUUGAUUGAUGUUUUACUAAGAGUCAUGGAAAGUGGAGAAGGAGGAACCCAAUCACAAAUAAGAAUAUCAAAGCAGUUAUUUUUGACUUGUUCAUCGCAGGAGCUGAAACAUCAUCUUCAACAAUUAUUUGGACAAUGGCAGAAUUGAUAAGAAAUCCAAGUGUCAUGGCUAAAGCACAACUUGAAGUUAGAGAAGUCUUAAAGGGAAAGAAAACAUUUGAGGAUACUGAUUUGGAAGAGUUGAAGUAUCUAAAAUUAGUAAUUAAAGAAUCAUUAAGGCUACAUCCUCCGGAAAGCCACCUGGUAAUUGGAAUUAGUGUAAUUACUAGGGUAGUAAUUACACAGCCUAGUAAUUACACAGUAGUGUAAUUACAACGACCUGUUUGUUUGUCAUAACGUAAUUACAGUGUAAUUACAAGCGUGUUGUUUGGUUGCACAAGUGUAAUUACACAGUCAGUUUAAUUUAAAAAUAAAAUUUAAUUAUAAAAAAUUUAAAAUUAAUAUUUUAA